AUGGCGUAUGUUGAAUCUAAACCCGAAAGAAGAGACUGCAACCAAGGAGUUUACUUUGACAAAGUCACAAUGCCGAAUGCGCUGGGACUGGGCCUGGCGGUGCUGCUUUCAGCUUUGGGAGCGACCACCGCGGAAGGAGUGAAGUAUGACUACUACAAAUACCAUCCCAUGUCAGAGAUCAGCAGCUGGAUGACUGAGAUCGCGAAGGCUCACUCCGACGUCGUGACCAUCGUGGAGUACGGGCAGACCUACGAGAAGAGGACUAUCAGCUUACUCAAGAUUGGGAUGAAUACUGGGGCGAAAAAGAAAGCUAUCUGGAUGGACUGUGGCAUACACGCCAGGGAAUGGAUCGCCCCGGCCUUCUGUCAGUACUUUGUCAGACAGAUCCUGCAAGAAUACAAAACAAAUCCAAAAAUGGAGGAGAUGAUGAAGAACAUGGACUUCUACGUCACCCCUGUGCUCAACAUAGACGGCUACAUGCACACCUGGAAGGACAAAACGACUCGACUGUGGAGGAAGAACAUGUCACCAGGACCUCCAGGCUUCAAAUGUACAGGCACUGAUCUCAACCGCAACUUUGACGCCAACUGGGCCACGAUCGGGGUUUCGUCUAACUGCUCCUCAGAAAUCUACUGUGGGACCCGGCCUGUGUCCGAGCCCGAGGCCCAGGCCGUCACCUAUUUUGUAGGGAGCCGGAAGGACGAGUUCCUGUGCUUCCUCACCAUCCAUUCCUAUGGCAAGCUGCUCCUGAUUCCCUACGGGAACCCCAAUUUCACGGCCUCCAACUACGAUGAGCUGAUGGAAGUGGGUUUGGCUGCAGCGGACGCCAUUAGGAAGGUGCAUGGCAUGAACUACACUGUAGGAACCUCGCCGGAUGUGUUGUACCCCAACUCCGGUUCAUCCAGAGACUGGGCCCGCCUGCAGGGGAUCCCCUUAACCUACACCUUUGAGCUGAGGGAUGAUGAUAAGUUUGGCUUCGAGCUUCCCGAGGAUCAGAUCCAACCGACCUGCGAGGAGGCCUACAGCGGAGCUCUGCACAUCAUCACCUACGCCCACGACAAGACCUUUAGCGGUGCCGUGGCAACUGCUGCUGCCCUGUGGACCAUGCUGUUAGCAGUGGGGGUCACCGGCACCACCCUGGUGUGA